ACUCUUUUGUUAUUGAGUGGGUUCAUAUUCGGGAUAAAGGGUACUUAUUCGUUGCUCUUGCUUUCCUUCUACUUUUGUACAUUCAUUUGUUUUCCUUUUAGAUCCUGGUAUGUUGAUUUCCUUGAAUUCUGCCUGUAGUUUAACAUCUGUUGAAUUGUUUCUUCCAAUGACCAUUGACUAGCCCUUAUGCUCAAAAUCUUCUCUUUAGUGCCAUGGGGUGUUGCAUAUUGAGCGGUGCCAUGAUUUUCACAAUUGAGCAUGCCUGAUCCAGAGCAAUUCAACUGAUUAUUGGAAAGGACAUUCUACCUCAUGGAAAGAUACGAAUUUAUGCAGCUCGUAAAGUCCCAUUACAUUGUGAACUGAAUAAUACCAUCACCAGGGCAUGUCGUGCACCAUGCACAGACAGAUCACAUGCUACAUGACAGCCAGGACAAGCAGUGAUGAAUCUGUGCUGCAAUUGCCAUGGCUGGAGACUACAUUUUCUGCAUUAUCUCCUUGUAAAAGUGGUUAGAAUGUUGAUGAAAGUGAGGAGUAAUGAGAUAGCUGAGAACACUGGACAUGGAGUUCUUCACAGAGUAUGGGGAGGCGAGCCAGUUUCAGAUCCAAGAGGUCAUUGGCAAGGGAAGCUAUGGAGUAGUUGCUGCUGCAAUUGAUACUCACACUGGUGAGCGAGUUGCGAUCAAGAAGAUAAAGGAUGUUUUUGAGAAUGUCUCAGAUGCUGCUCGCAUUUUGCGGGAAAUCAAGCUUCUUCGGCUGCUUCGCCACCCAAACAUAGUCCAGAUCAAACACAUUAUGUUGCCCCCUACCCGGAGGGAGUUCAGAGACAUCUAUGUUGUUUUUGAGCUCAUGGAGUCUGACCUGCAUCAAGUGAUCAAUGCAAAUGAUAACCUGACUCCAGAGCAUCACCGUUUUUUCUUGUACCAACUCCUUCGUGCUCUCAAGUACAUUCAUGCAGCCCAUGUAUUUCAUCGUGAUUUAAAGCCCAGGAACAUACUGGCCAAUUCAGACAGCAAAUUAAAGAUUUGUGACUUUGGACUAGCACGUGCAUCAUUUAAUGACUCCCCUUCAUCUAUCUUUUGGACAGAUUACGUGGCAACAAGGUGGUACCGAGCUCCUGAAUUAUGUGGCUCCUUUUACUCCAGUUACACCCCUGCAAUUGAUAUUUGGAGUAUAGGGUGCAUAUUUGCUGAAGUUCUCACUGGAACUCCAUUAUUUCCUGGGAAGAAUGUUGUGCACCAACUAGAUUUAAUAACAGAUCUCCUCGGAACACCAUCAUCGGAAUCUUUAUCCCGGAUUCAUAGUGACAGGGCCAGGCAAUAUUUAAUUGACAUGCGAAUGAAGCACCCUAUUCCUUUUUCUCAUAAGUUCCAUGAUGCUGAUCCUUUGGCUCUCCGCUUGCUCGAGCGUUUACUUGCGUUUGACCCUAAAGAUCGACCUACUGCUGAAGAGGCUUUAGCUGAUCAAUAUUUUAGAGGCCUUGCUAAAUUGGAAUGUGAGCCUUCAGCACAACCAAUUUCAAAGCUUGACUUUGAAUUUGAGGGAAGAAAAUUAACAAAGGAUGAUGUAAGAGAAAUGAUAUAUCGGGAGAUUUUGGAGUACCACCCACAGAUGCUUCAGGAGUACAUUGAAGGUGGAGAGCAGAUUCACUUCCUAUACCCAAGUGGGGUUGAUCGCUUCCAGCGACAGUUUGCUCAUCUUGAGGAAAACUACAGAAGAGGAGUCGCGAGUACUCCACUACGGAGGCAACCUACAUCUUUGCCAAGGGAGAGAGUCUGUUCAUCAGAAGAUUGCCAUAAUCAGGACUCCGACAACGAAGAGGGCAGAGCAGCAUCCUAUGUUGCCCGAACAACCAUAAGCCCCCCAAGAUCACAAGAAGAGGGAUGCAAGCAACAAUCUGCCAAUCACAGCAGCGAUUCCAACUCCUGUGCAAAGAGCUAUCUGAAGAGUGCUGCUAAUAUCAGUGCUUCCAGAUGCGCUAUCAAAAGGAAUAAAGGCCCAAAGUUCUGUUUAGGCGAGAUACUGACCGCUUCGCUUUCCUCCCCCUCAAAGGAGAAGGGAACGUCCAAGGACGUGAAACAGGUGGCGGUUCAUGGACUGUUAGACAAGGUACCCAGGGUGCUCUCCUAGGACAGAACUCAGAAGCCAUGAUACCAAUGCCAUUGCAAUGCGAGAUUUGUAUCAGGUAUCAUGGAUCCAACGACGCAGGAGCCAUCUGUGUCGGCGCUGCUAAUUUCAGUAAACUGCCUAGAUCAUCUGACAUCGCCCAAGCACCCUGCUUGGAGAAACCGAACCUUGUGGUGUAGUUGUAUCCUGCAUCUAGCUUUUGGAAUACCAUGAUAGCUGCUGCAGUGUUCAGUUUA